GAUGUAAACAAAUAAUAUCCUUAUUAAUGCCCAUCAUAACACACGUGGAUGUGCUAAUGAUAGUGUUAGUUUGUUCCCUAGCUAGCUAGCUAUGGCUGAUGCGAUUGGCCCCGUCCCCCUGCUCAACCAGUACAAGUAUGGUCUGCUGAGAAGACGGCUGCUAGCACUGAUGACUGGAGGCCUCAACAUACGGCGAGCGCCAUGGCUCUUGCAUGUGAUACAGGUAUCUCUCUGGAUCUCACCUGUGUUACUGAGUGUGCCCUUCGUUGUGGUGGACGCGCUGAGGCUGUGGAAUCAGUACUACAUUGCGCUGGUGUAUGCUAUAGUAAUGGCCCUGUUCUCACUGACACUGGAGCUGUGUGUGGGUGUGUGGAGACACAGUAAAGGGGGACUCUUCACUAGCUCACAGUACGGGGAUGAACAAGACGAUGCUAUCCAAUUUGACUCGUUGUUGGAUCGAACUUCAGUGGACUUCAUAUUCAGUGUCAAACGUCUCCCCUCUCUCACCCUCAGCCCCCUCGUGACUGGUGUCCUCUCCUAUGCUGUGUGCUACCCUCUCCUACCCUCCCUCCUCUUAGAGAGUCUGCCAGUGGCUGGAGUGGUGGUGGUGUUCCUACUAGGCUGGAUCACUGGCUGUGUAACUCUGUACUCCCUGUGUACUAGGGCCCCUACUGAGGUAGCUGUGUACAGAGCCACGGACCCACUGGAGCUCAGGUUCAUUACCAGGCCACUCUACGUCAUCUCAUUAACAGCCAUUUAUAUCGCACUGAGAGCUUUGAUCACGCCCCCAGCAGUGUACCUCAUUGUCCUAUAUUCCCUGCUGUGUGUGCUUCCCCUGGCCUGGACUGUAGGAGUGCUACCUCCCCUCGAGGCACUAGUGUCAUGGGGCCUCGAGCAAGCCCACACAAGAUUACUGGGAGGGUCGCCAGUCGCAACUGAUCUAAGGUUGCUGGUUCAGUUUUCCCUCUCUACGGUUGCCGUGGUGAUUGUUGGUGUCCUGCCCACUACAACACACUCUGUCCUGCUCUCCACUGCGUUUGGGUUCACACUCAGCCACAACCUCCCUCACACUCUGUACCUGCUACUCUGUGCUGUCUGUCCCACUAAGCGUCUGAAAUGGACCUCGUCUAAACUAUUUGUGUCUUUGGUUGGUAUUGAUUGUCACAGGUUAAAGAUGCUCAAACUAUCCACACUCUACUGGUUUAUCUCGUGUCUGAGGGCUGGACUCUUACUAGGAGUUGCUCUAGUCAUUGUAUACUUCACGUCUACUGUUAUAGACACUAUAGGUACAGGGAACAUUGUCGGUGGUUUGCUGCUGUCUGUGUAUCUGUUGUUGAGAGCAAGUGAUAGUCUGCAGAGUGUCUACAUAUGUGGGUUAGUGAGGAACCCUCUUCACCCGUGGACCUGCGACAAUGCUGCAAAGUUCAAGACUAAGCGAAGGCUAUUACGAUGUUUUGCUGCCCCAAGAGCCAUUGCAUUACAUUACCUGGUUCCCUUGCUGCUGGUGGCCUAUGCUGGGGUAGGAGUGGCCUCAGAGCUCUCACUAGGGUCCUCUGUCUGGGCCUGGAUUGCAACAUCAAGACUGCUCAGACUGGUGUGGCAGAACACGGCUGUUGCUCAUCGCGACCUCUCACUGAUAGCAUUGCUUCAUUUCAUCGUACCUCAUCUUGACAACUCUCUCUCCAUGGGACCAUCCACACAAGCUUUAGUGUUGGGAGAAGCCUUGUCCAUACUCAAGGACUUCCUACACAAACUAUCGUUUGCAGUAACACUCUUCAUCUCUUUCAUUGCGGACAAGAAACAACGAACGUAUAAAUACCUCACUGUGCUGAUAAUGGCAGGGACACUCCCCCUCUCCCCCCUUGUGCUGACUGUGAUACUACUCAGCUCUAUUCUCUCAGCACCGUUACUACCUCUCUUCACUCUGCCUCUGUUCUCAAUAUCCUUCCCAAGACCCAAGCGAUUCUGGCCGGCUCUAUUCAACUAUGGACAAGAAUACACAAAGUGUGAGGACAGUGUUUAUUAUCAACAGUGUACUGACGAGGUUGCCAUGGCAAUACAUAGAAGUAUGUCCUCUGGAGCUGUUAGCAGUCAGCCAGGAAGUCAAGUACUGGUUCGGUUUCAAGAUAGAACUAUUUUCUGUUCCAUUCUAGAGACUGGAUAUGGAUACCGGACCCUCACACUCAAAGGAUUGGAGCUCCAGGAGACCUCCUGCCACACCGCUGAGGCCUCGAGGAUUGACGAAAUAUUUGAAACUUUGUACGACCCGUCAACUAUUGGAUAUUGCAAGUUUUCAUUCAACACUCAAUACCUCAACACCUUGCAGCCGAGAGACUCUGCUGUCAUUAAGACCUACUCUGAUGCUAAAAAUGUUUUGACUGGAAUUAUCGAUCAAAGUUCAUCGUUGAAGAAAUUCUCGACUAACUUGCUGCGAUCCCUCACCUGGGUACUGCACUGCCACUACCAGCGCUGUACACCCACUAGGACCACCACCCCACCAGCUGAACUACCAGCUGAACUAACCACCCCAUCACAUGUACCUGAUAAGCAACCCCCUCCAGCAGUGUAUGAUGAUAACGAUUCCUGGGCUGAGUCUGUGUCCAGUCUUGAUGCUGUCCCCCCCUCCAUGACGAGGAUGAUACCACUAAGCUCCCCAUCAUCACUCAUACCAGAGGAUUGUACCACCACUCAACGCAAGAUGGAGGAUAUCUUUGUGUCACCCUCGCAUGUUGUGAUACCUUCCCUACCUGUAUCACGAUCAACCACUGUUCCAACUAGCCGAGAUCAGCGGACUGCUAAAGUGCAACCACUUCCCGACACUACUGUGAUCCCACAAGGCUGGAGUUCUGUGCCAUUAUCCACUGUGUAUGUUAACCAACUACUGAGGGAGUUUCCCACUGGAUGGUAUAACUAUGUUAAGAGCUUGAAUGAUGGGCAUGUGCUUAGUUCUUCUGAAGAGAGCCAGUUCAUGACGGUUGUGAUGGUGUGUUAUAGUCUGGUGGACGUGCCCUCAGUGUCGAGUAUGUCUGGUAGGAAACGAGAUACCACGUCAUUUGAUGUGUACCAGGGCUUCAUGAGGGAAUUCCCCUACUCCCUACACCUCUCCUGGCUCACGACGGACUCUGACCUUUCCUCUCUCGUGCUUAAGGCUUAUCGGUAUGCAGUGAAGCUGCUGUAUGAUGAGGCCAGCCUCGGGGAGGUGGAGUCACACUCUGAGCUAGCAGAGGCUCUGGGGGAAUUUGAUAGUGAUUGUUUUAUAGCCCCCCAGACGGAGGGGGGUUGGGAAGAGGCUGUGUUGACACAAGUACCUCGUCUGUUCUCCAUAGACAGAGAUCAAGAGAAUAAUGUGUACACCGCUCGAGUUCUCACGCUACAAGAGCAAGUGAUGCACAUUGGGCAGCUAAACCCAGUGGGCGUGGCUAGUGUGUGGGCGGAUCUCUCACUAGAGCUACUCUAUCUGACUAACGAUGAUGAUGAGAGAUACAGUAUUCAAGCACAUCCCGAGGUAUUGAGAAACCUCACCAUACAAGCAGCCCACCCUCCACUGGGCUAUAGCGUUCACGCAUCAGGACUAUUGAACCUUCCCACAGUAGGCUAGCUGUCAUAUUGUGUAGCUCAGCAGAUUGUUUUAUGAUCAUUCAACUCUUACAAUUGUGUACUUAUAAUUAUAAUCAUUGUCAUGCAUGAAUGCAGCCUAAUUAGCACAACUUGUAAAUCGACCCCUACCACAUGUAAGA